UGGAAAAAUGCCUGCUUUCAUAUUUUUGGUAAGCAUGUUUUAAAUCUCAUUUAACUGACAGUGCUCCUGGUCAUGUGCUCAUAUUUUUUUCUAUUCCAGCGAUUGUCAGCCAACCCAGGAGGGGUUCGAGUUGAACAUUUUUGUGGAUGGCCUACCCCUGCACAAGAGCAGUCGGACCCAAUUUUGGCCAAUUCUCAUGCAGGCUCAUAACGUUCCACAUACUCCUGUAAUGACGGUUGCUAUAUUCUGUGGCGAAUCAAAACCGUUAUUCGCCAAGGAGUUUUUGCAGCCGUUUGUGGACGAAAUGAACAGACUGUAUGUGGCAGGUCUGACAAUUAAAUCCCGCUCUUACUGGGUGGAAGCGCGUGCAAUAAUUGCAGAUGCUCCGGCACGAGCAUUUAUUAAAGGUGUUAAAUCGCAUAAUGCGUACAGCGCCUGCAUGAAGUGCACAAUCGUUGGUGAGUUGGAAGGACACCGGAUGUACUUCCGGUAUGGUGAACAAUGCGCGCCUCGGAACCACAACGAUUUUUGUGACGACAAAUAUCCAACACAUGUCAACAACCCUACGCCCUUUACGAGUCUAUUAGGUUGUGAUAUCGUUGACGAUUUUGUGUCAGCCGAAGACAUGCACUUAAUAUACAAGGGCGUAGAGGCAAAGUUGCUACAUUGGUGGAUAAAUGGCUUCCCUGGUGUAACUUAUUACUUGCCACGUCGCCAGCAACGUGAAGUGUCGGCGCACUUGCGUCUGUUAAAGCUGCCUUCAGAUUACCAACGUAAACUGCGCGACCUGCGAUACAUCCAUCUCUGGAAAGCUUCCGAGUACAGGAUGUUUCUGUUGGUUGCCGGUUUCGUUGUUCUGAAGGAUAGACUUAUCGAUGCAGCGUACCAACACUUCAUGUUGUUGAUGAUGGCUGUGACGUUCAUGACCACCACCCUGGUACAAGCGGUCCAUCGUUUGCUGGAACUGCAACAUGUCAUUGUUGCCAAGCGUCAGCAAAACAAACCGGUGGACGAACCAUCGGUGCACACGGUUGGUGUCGACACCAUAACGACCGUGCGGCAGGGCUUCGCGCUGCGAAAAAACUUUCGCGAUCAAUGGUUUAUGACCAACUCGGGCGAGGUGGUCCGUUACGAAACGGCCACAAAAACAGGCAAGGACGUUACGGUGCAGGGGUACGCGUUUUUCAAACAGGUGCCUGCCUUUACGGAACCUUGCCUUUCAACGGAGACGAAUAUUUACUCUGCCAACAUGGUAGAUUUGAAUAAGAGUGAACUGCUACACUACGCCAGCAGCACGCUGAUGUGCAAGGUAGCUGCAGUGGAAACGGAAAAGGAAGGGGUGUUAAUGUUUGUGCCGUUGACACACACUUACAUUUGCUAA